AUGCCAAGAGAUCUUCCUGGGCUGUACUGGGACGAGGAGAAGAAGCGCUACUUCCCGCUCACAUCAAAACCGAAGACACUGCCCGGGCGUGUCCUACCCGGGGUCCACCCCGAGCAUGCGGGCCACCGUCUUCCACUGCAGGCCCCUCUAGAUGAAGGACCCUUACCGAAGCGUAGGCGGCUGUACGCGGAACGAUACGGACAUCCGACGUGGAACGCAGCGGAGACGGUGCGGACGUCGCUGGGGAGUUCGCGGAGGAGUAGAGUACUGCACGGGAUUCUCACUGACCUCGCGCGGGUGCCAACAUGUAGUUGGGACGGCACCUUUGACGGCUUUCUGGGUCAAUGUAUGGCUUCGAGAACAGUAGAAUGCGCAUACGAGGAAGUUAACAUACCUCUGGUCUAUUCAAAGGUCAAUACUAGCCCUGAGCAUGAGUAUUCCGUAAUGGCGGGAGAUGCUCAAGGAUGGCUAUCUUCCUUGACUCGGAACGGUGACCAUAAUGCAGCGGAGCUCAAUGUAACGUCGAAGAUAUCGUCCGUAUCUUCAUGGGGGACGCGACAUGUAUUGUUGUACGUGAAGCACUUCCAACAGAGUGCCGCGAAACGAGGCAUUCUGUUGCCGGACAUCGAGACAGGACGGGGUUUCCAAGUUCUACAGACGGGAAGCGAUGUGUUUGCAAUUCAGCGACGCGACAAUUUGGUGUAUAUGGGCGCACGCAAUGGCUCCAUCAGCCGCUUUGACACGAGACUGGACACAAAUGACCGUCAGGAGCUGCUGCAGAGCAGAUUCGAGCCAACGAGGAGCUCAAUCACACAUCUCAGCGUCGUCCAGGAGUGGCAGCUGCUAGUCAGCACUAUCCGUGGGGAUCUGGAGACGCACGAUUUACGUUUUCUGCGCAGUACGACGCCGCUCAUGCGGUUAAACGGGCACAUCAACUCAUAUACCAUUGAAUUGGGCAUUGCCGUCGAUCCAUCGGAAAACUACGUCUUCGCUGCGGGCGAUGAUUGCAAGCUCAGAGGGUGGUCUUUACAUUCCGGUGAUGAGAUUGUGCCUUCCCCGCCGUCACCGCGAGACAUCGAGUCGGCCGCGACCUCCUCGCUGUUCGGCAAAACCUUUGAUAAUCCCAUAAGGGCUCUCCAGGUGACGGAAAGUCCUAUGGAAACAUGUCUUUGGGCAGCAUCGGGGCCCACCUUGCAUCAGUUCUGGCUGGGCCAGCGAGCUAUGCUAUCAUGA